AUGCGAAUGUCGUUAGGACCUUCCGGUGCAGCACUUUUACGUGACCACCACAAUCAUCCGACUCCAACCACCGAAUCGUUGAGACUAACCACAGAGCCAGUCGAUGCUACGGAUGACCCCGACCAGAUGCAAAUUUACUUUGCAAAGACCAUGGAAAAGUUCAUGCGAGACCAGCAGCGACGGCCGCCACGUUCUGAGCCGACCAGUCACCCUAACUCCAAUUACAAGGUGUUCGGGGUAGGUAUGCCAGACAUGGACAUGGAAUCGGCGGACUCGCAUGGUAGUCGCGGUAAAACUUUUGACUCUGACGACCUCGACAUUGACGGCGUCCUUCGACCUCACUUAGCUACUACGGAAGCCAUCAUGGGAGAAUGA